AUGGAUCCUGAAAACUACGCCAACAUAGAGCUUGAGUGGGUUGCUUGUGUUUCUGUGCAGGGCGAAUUUCGUCGAUAUAAAGGCGACUACGUCCUCGCGGAGACGGAUAUCCGCACACACAGAAACUUCCCUGAUGCCGUGGUGCAGAAUGAUGGGGCGUUUUGUUUGCACUACCCAGGGAAUGGCAAAUAUGACUUUGGUCUGAAGUAUUGGGAGUGGGAUGAGCUCAACGUCCCGAACUUGAUGAUGGCGGAUAAGCAUAUAAGCGUCACCCAUGUUGCCGGAUCGAACUCGAAGUUCAUGGGGAAUGGUGGACAAAAUGCCAUUGCGACGGCUGCAGCGGCGCAUCGGUGCCGCAAGUACAACACCACGCCUCGAGGGGUUUAUAAGGGCCAUUUGCAGGAGCUCAAAAGGAUAACUUCGGCUAUGACGAGAACUGAUAACUUCAAGGCUAAGCUCUAA